AAUUGAUAUCAUAAGAUAAACCAAAUCUAAUAGAGUACUAUCUUCUCCGACGAUUACAAUUGCCCAGCAAGUAUUGUUUUUACAGUAGAAGAAUUAUACAGUGUUUGAGAUCAAGGAAAAAUAUGGUCAGUAGGGUUUUGGGUUCCGAAUUUAUGGUGUGUUCUCCAAGAUUUGAGGGAUGGCAAUGUCGAAUAUGUAUAUUGGGAAUGUCAUUUUAUGUGAAGAGCUUGGUAAUUUGAAGAAUGAUUUUGGUGGAUGUUCGAAAACAGAGUUAGUUGUGUUCGUCUUGUGGUGAGUUUUUGCGAAAAUAUGAAGGAGAUGAUACCCAUGAAGCAGGCAUCUGGUAAUUUAUCAAGAAACCCUUUUGCUAUAAAUGGCGAAGAACAGCGGCAGGAGGAUUUUCAAAAAAGAAAAAGUUGCAGAAGAUUGGUGUUUUCAGUGCAAGGAUGGAGGAGAGCUCAUGAUUUGUGAUCAUGGGGGAUGUUUGAAAGCUUAUCACCCUGAAUGUGUGGGGGUAGAGGACUCAGUUUUGACAAGUGAUAAACCUUGGAUAUGUGGACGACAUGCAUGCUUAAUUUGCAAAGGAAAAUCAUAUUAUCAGUGUUAUUGUUGUGAUAGAGCUUCAUGCUGGAGCUGCAUUGGUGAGAUUGACUUUGUCCAUCUUAAAGGGAGGAAUGGAUUGUGCAAUAAUUGCCUAAAGCUCGCAUUGCUUGUGGAAGAAAACAGGAAUAUUGAUUCUGAUGGGACUUCAGAGAUCGGGAAACAUACGAGUGCCUUUUCAGGGAGUAUUACGAGUUAG